AUGCACCGCAUCGCAUCACCCUGCUGCCAUACGCAUGCGCGCGCGCGCGCGACUUGCUGCAUCUCGCGCAAGGCAGUUUCCUACUCGACGAGCACCCAGAAGCCUGGGGACGAGUUUCUGGCCAAUUUUAGACAGCAGUUUCCCGAAGCUGCGGUCGGCGCAUCGUCUGCGCAAGCCCAGCCCGCCCACACAACAACCACUGACAAUACCGCUGUUGCCGCCCCAGCGCUUGAGAGCAAUAGUGCCCACCAUGAAGCUUUCCGUGACCAAGAUCCCACACCGAGAGCACAGCAUGAGCCCUGGCGGUUCACGCCAUCCCUUUUAGAUCCUAACUCCUUCUCCUUCUCCAGCUUCGCCAAUGCGCCGCCGGGAUACUACACUCCUACCCCCGGCGGUACCAACACCAUCUAUCAUCCUCAGGCCGGAGACCUGCACACGCCUACCAUGGGUCUCGGUAUGGGCCUAGGAACACCGUUGUCAAUGCCGACGUCUGAGGGUGCAACCAUGCCCCCAUCCUCUGCCAUGAUGGAGAUGGCGGGCUUUCAGGCCUUGCAGUCUCACCAGUUUCACCAUUUCAACCCCUUCAUCCAGGCUCCUCCGCCUCAGCAACAAUCCUUCGCGCCGUCGACGUUUGUGCAUCAGGACACUGGCUACGAGACGAUGGACCAUGACGGCUCGCCAAUGGAUUCGGAUCCGUCAGACGAACGUAUGGUUUCCUUGGACGGUACAUUACACCAUGGGUCUCCGUUGGUCGGUUUCCAGCCCCAGCAACAUCAGCAACAACGACAAUUCGCCGGCAUGUCAAUGGCCGCCCCUCUGCCGGCCUCGGCAGAGAAGUUUCGGUUCCACGCGACUCUGAACGCUCCAACCGCCAUGAUCAAACACGCAGACGAGAUUCCAGUGACGUAUCUUAACAAAGGCCAGGCCUAUUCUCUCUCUAUCGUUGAUACGAAUGCGGCGCUUCCUCUUCUUCCCGGCACGAGAUAUCGGACAUUUGUGCGCAUUUCUUUCGAAGACGAGCAACAGCGACUGAAACCUGGCGUCUGUUGGAGCUUGUGGAAAGAGGGGAGGGGCACGAACGAAGCUCACCAGCGUGGAGGGAAAUUGCAGGCCGUCGAGUAUGUCGAGACAAAAGAUGCUGCACACGAAGGCGAUGACAGGCGAACCCGCAUCGAGCUGGACACAUCUUCAUUCGACGGCUUCUCAGUCAUAUGGACACCCGGUGCGAAUGGCGGGCCUGAAUGCAAUAUUGCCGUUCGAUUCAACUUCCUGUCGACCGACUUUAGUCACUCCAAGGGUGUCAAGGGCAUACCUGUGAGACUCUGCGCCAAGACCGACCUAUUACCCGCCGACUCCGCACAACCUGCACCCGAUGCGACACCUGAGAUAUGCUUCUGCAAGGUCAAGCUGUUCCGAGACCAUGGUGCCGAACGCAAACUUUCCAACGAUGUGGCUCAUGUCAAGAAGACCAUCGACAAGCUGAAGCAGCAAAUUGCUCAAGCAGAGAGCGGGUUGAAGGACUUUGGAAAGCGCAAGCGGUCUUCGGCAGUACACAUCAAGUCCACAGGACCAGAAAGGCCCGGCAAAGUCCAAAAGCAUAAGCGAACCUGGUCCAUGUCUUCGGCGAGUUCGGCAGGUGGCGGUGGAGGACGUCCUCCUGUUGAAGAGGAACUCCACUUCAAGUUGCAGUCGCUACAGGAUAUGUUCACCAGCACUCGACCUGUCAGUGUCCUCUAUCUUCGCGGCGAGGACCUUGAUGACCCGGAUGCGCACCCCGUCUCGCUACCUCAAGAUUCUGCUGAUCUCAUCAAGGUGGAAUCGAGAGAUAGCGCUCAGUGGCAGAUGCGUAGUGGACGUAGCUCCGUUGCGGGCUCAUCGAUGGUCUCGCCCUCGCCAAGUUCCCUCUCACUCGCAUCUCAGGCUUCGGUGGUACCCAACCGACAGUGGUCGGGCUUCGACAGCGAGGGCACGGGCAGUGGGUCUCGCCAGGACAGUAACCAGCCGACAAGGGUCGCUAAGACAGACGACACAGGUGGCCUGAGCGGCUGGAUCGAGGCUCUCGGUGUCGAUCCUUCUUACAGACCGCCGCCGGAACGCGUCACCAAGCCCGUGGCUUGCUUCUACAUCGCCCAGAAGAAACCUACCGGGACUGAACGACGCGAACUUCACAAGGCCAUUUAUCUCGGCCAACGCACGCUCAAGGAUUUCAAUUUCCGCGUAGCCUCAAAAUGGAACCUGCAACCUUCAAGAGUCCUACGAACAAUCCACGUACUGCAACAAGGACUCGAGGUUGAAAUCGAUGACGACGUGAUCCAGGAACUCAAAGAGGGCCAAGACAUGACCCUGGAGGUUGUCGAAAUUGGCCCGGAGGCUGCAGUGCAGGUCAAGCGGGAAUGGGAAAUGGCUGUCGACCAGAACGACAACGACACGGCAGCCUCGUCGACCCCAUCUCAGGGCGGAUAUGAACUUCGACUAUCAUUCUGAUGCAACACGACAAGCGAGGCUUUCCCUGUCUACCUACGGCAAACUCAGCACGGCGCGGGGUCCACAACAGGCCUCGUGCAUGCCCCGUUCCUUAUACCGCCUUACGGACCUUCCCGCCUGCAGAUACAUGUAAUACCUACUUACACAGGUCGGUGGGACACGAUUGAUAACGGCGUUGCUCCCCAUUUCAUUCUUCUUUUCCCAAGAUACCAAGUCCCGUCAGGGGCAUUUAUUCUUCUUUUCUAAGCGUCCUAUGGGACUUUUUCCUCGGAGUCGAUACACUAGACGGACAACCAUAUUGUAGCUUUCUUUUUCAACCUUGGUUAUGUCGGAUAAGCACGGAUGUCAGCUUAUCAGAGCGUGGGCAAAAGACGAUGGAUAAGAUGAGAGGACCUCGCAGAGACCUGGAGGUCGUGAACGGACAUCUGACGCUAACUUGGCUCAGCUGCUGGGCAACAUCAGGCGGUCCGGCGGCCGUCACAUCCCUUCUUGUAACGAGCCUUUUGCAUUUCUUGAUCCUGAUUUUUGGACACCAUUAUUUCAUGUUUUCAUUCCUUUUGUAUUACGAAGCAACCCGUUUUUCGAUUUCUUGCUGAACAUGAUGGGAAACUGGGCGGAGACUCACGGGCAGACGCGGAGGGGAUGUGGCCAACUGGUUGUCCGGUACAUUUUCACGUUUGUAUCUUUGGCAUUAGGGGCAGUAUACCCAGAAAGAGCGCGAGAGAAUAACAUGAGGUUUAUUGAGUC